UGGACGCCUUCUCCCUGUCUGCGCUAUAGGCAGUGUGACGCUGGGUGUGUCACUGUGAUGGUCGCAGCGAAGAAGGGAAGGCCAAAAUCUGGUCGUUGGUGGAAAGCAGAAGGAAAGAGAAAAUCGAGUCUAAUUGGCGACAAACCUUUACAUACUUCGUGGCGUAAAAGAGUGAAACAAAGAGAAGAAAAGAAGGCAUUGAAGGAGUACGAACAGCAGUUGAAAGAAGAACUGCAGAGACAGAAAGAAGAGAAAAGGAAGAGAAUAGAGGAGCACAGAAAACGGAAAGAAGAGAACGAGAGGAAAGCAGAAGUAGUGCAAGUGAUCACAAACACAGCCAAGCUAAAGCGACUAUCAAAGAAGCAAAGAAAGAACAUUCGGAAACAGUAGCGGUUUAGAUAGCAAACACUCUACCUGUACCAUUGAUAUUUGUCACAUCAAUAGAUCUUGAAGAGUCACACUGCAUCAUUGUGUUCGUUAGCAACUGGUC